AAUUAUUCGAUGAUUUACUUAAAUUUCAUUUAGCCCCUCAUGUUAAUCCAUCACAUCCAAUUUUACGUUCUCCAAAAAGAAAUCAACAGAUUCAAUCAAUUUAUAUUAAUCAUAUUCACGCUGCUUGGAUAAUGAGUCAAAUUGACGGUGUUGAAUCAUCUAAAUUUUAUAACGGAAAUAAUCCAAAAUUACUUCCUUAUGAUCUUAAACUAUUAAUACGUGGCAGCCACGGUUAUAUGAAUAAAUCUAUUGUCAGCAGAGUAUUGAAUCCUAGUAAAGCAAUUAGAAAUACACAUGGCCCUUCAUUUGGUGACGGUGAUUUGUGGGUAAAGGUUACAGCUCACUUUACCAAUAAUGCUACCCUUCCUAGUUUUUGUAGGCAGAAAAGUUAUGGUAAAAAAAUUGCUGAUUUUGAACAAUUUUAUGUGGAAGAUUAUGAAAUAUUUCAGAUUAUUAAAAAGACAACUGUCAUUUAUCUCUAA